GAGUGGCUCGAGCCAAGAUAGCGCUCGAUUGAGUCUUGCAGAAAGCUCUUCCUCUUACGGUGUUGCCCGUUCCUCCUUCUUAUACAAUUAUCAUGCCUUCUCAACUGACUGCGGGCCUGCGCUUCGCGCGGAAGCUCGCCACUGAUCCCAGCAAGCACCAGCUAUUCCUUGCUCGCUCGUUCUCAAGCAGUAUUCGCAGGCCAGAAAUUAACAAAGUGGUGUCUUCAGCCGACCUUGCCAUCAAGGACUUGAAGCCGAAUUCGACGGUGCUGGCUGGAGGCUUCGGUCUCUGUGGUGUACCUGACACUCUGAUCAAUGCCGUGCGAGCAAACUCGGCAAUCAGCGGCCUGACCGUCGUCAGCAACAACGCCGGAGUGGACGGAUCGGGCCUUGGUCUCCUCCUCCAGUCAAAGCAGAUUAAGAAGAUGAUCGCCAGUUACGUUGGCGAGAACAAGACUUUUGAGCGCAUGUAUCUGACGGGCGAAAUCGAGCUGGAACUGACACCGCAAGGCACCUUAGCCGAGCGGUGUCGAGCCGGUGGAGCCGGGAUUCCAGCCUUCUACACUCCGGCAGCCUGCGGCACAGUGGUCCAGACGGGCGAACUGCCCCUAAAGCACAACGCUGACGGAACCGUGGCGCUGUACAGCCACCCGCGGGACGUCAAGGUCUUCGACAAGAAGAGCUAUGUGAUGGAGGAGGCCAUCAAAGGCGACUACGCUUUUGUUAAGGCAUGGAAGGCCGACAAGUUGGGCAACUGUCAAUUCCGCUACGCGGCGGCGAACUUCAACGGCGCCAUGGGUCGCAACGCUAAGAUGACGAUUGUGGAAGCGGAGCAUAUCGUCGAGGUGGGCGAGAUCGAGCCCGCCGCGAUCCACCUCCCCGGAAUUUAUGUCAAGCGUGUGGUCCAGAGUACCACGCCGAAGAACAUCGAGAAGUUCACGUUCGCUAAGGAGGAAGGUGCCGAGGAGGCGGCCGCGCUGGGCAAGGGCGAGACCGCCGCGAAGCGCGAACGCAUUGUCAGGCGUGCGGCCAAGGAGUUCAAGAACGGCAUGUAUGCGAACCUGGGGAUCGGUAUGCCGAUGCUUGCGCCCAACUUUGUGGAUCCAUCGGUGGAGGUCAUGCUGCAGUCCGAGAACGGGAUUCUGGGACUGGGUCCUUACCCUAAGAAGGGACAGGAGGACCCGGAUCUGAUCAAUGCUGGUAAGGAGACGGUGACGCUGUUGCCUGGCGCGGCGUGCUUCGGUAGCGAUGAGUCCUUUGGCAUGAUCCGGUCGGGCCGGAUUGAUUUGACGAUUUUGGGCGCGAUGCAAGUCAGCGCGAGGGGUGAUUUGGCCAAUUGGAUGCUUCCUGGUAAGAUCAAGGGCUUUGGUGGAGCGAUGGAUUUGGUCUCGAACCCUUCGGCGACCAAGGUGGUCGUGACCAUGGAGCACACCGACAAGAAGGGCAACCCUAAGAUCGUGAAGCAAUGCGAAUUUCCCUUGACUGGGAAGACAUGUGUCAGCCGGAUCAUUACCGAGCUGUGCGUGUUCGAUGUUGACUUCACUGAUGGACUAACGCUGGUCGAGCUGGCGGAUGGAGUCACUGUGGAGGAAGUGCGCAGCAAGACCGAGGCGCCGUUCAAGGUGGCCGACGAUGUGAAGCCCAUGCUGUGAUCUGUUUCAUGUCUUCUAAGCAUUGUCUUUCGCGCGGGGCCAAGAGUCGAGUAAUGUUGUAAGUAGAUGACCUGACAGGUUUCAGGCUCGAAAUAUGGGUUGUACUGUACAUAAAGGAUCAAGGUCGGAAAGACCGCAGUCUGUUUGAUUUUGUUCAAAAGAACAAAUUCCCCAUCACUUUUUGAUUGCUGCGCAUCAUUAAAGAAAAAACAUCUAUAUACAAGUUUUUCUGU